AUGACAGAUAAUUUUUCAAAUUUAAAAUUACAACAACCUUCCGGUGAAGAUGGAAAAUCUUAUAGAGAUAUGGUUUAUAAUAGGAUUUUGAAGUCUCGUAAAACUGGUGUACCAACUGUUGAUUACGAUACACUCGUGACUAAUUGUCGAGAAUUAGAAUUAAGUCACCGAAUAGAUGAUAAAAAACUUCAAGAGUAUAUUCAAAUUACUGAUCAAGUGAUUGAACUUAACGAACAAACUUUGAAUGAACUUGAACGAAGACAUAAACAAAUUAGUUCAGCACUUCAUGAUCAAAAAAUGAGAGAAAUUGAACAUAAACAAGAAAUCAUUGAUUUGAUGUAUAGAGAUAUUUCAAUGAAAAAAGAAUCGAAUAAUGAUAAAAUUACGUUUGACGAUGAAUCUAAUGAUUUGAUAUCUUGGGAUGAACAAAUGGAGAAAGAUUAUUCAACUCAUAAUAUAGAAGAUAGAAAAGAAAUUGUUAAGAAAUUUGAUAAUGAAACGGUGAGUAAUGAUGGAAGUCAACAGAAUUAUUUUGAUGGAAAAGGUUCAGCGGCAUCUAGAGAAGGGAAUAAAAGAGGAUAUAGGGAAAAAAUGGGAGCAUGGGAUAAAAAAAAAGGGUUUAACGAGAAGAAAAGUGAGAAUUCAUCGUGGACAUAG